AUGCUGGUCCAAAGCGAACUCGAGCGUCCCUGCGAAGUUCCAGUAAAGGUUGAAGUCGAACAAACUUAUGACUCGUCAGACCAUAUUAUCAGUCCACCUUCUCACGAAGAAUUAGCUGUGAAAAUCGAACCGAAAGAGGAUGUUGAUUUGCACGGAGGUACUGAAAGAGAAAACGCUGCUGGCGAGAAGUCCAUACCUAUGGAAGUAGACAGUGAUUCCGAGAAUGGUGUCGCUGUCCCAAGCUUAUCUGCUUCUAUGAAUGCUAAAAACGGCGGACUCGAUCAUACAACUAUGGAUUCUAUGAGCGAAGGGCUGUCUGGAAUCGGAAUAGAAGCAUUAUCUGGAAGGGCUCAUGUAGAAACUGGAACUCUGGGAAAUGAUGGUCCACUGAGCCCAAUAAUCAAAGUUGAGAGGGUUGCAGCGGGAAAGGAAUCUUCUCUUAGUGACUAUGGUCGCAAUAGUACUAAAGAAGAGGAAAGGAAGAAACCAGAUAUGAGUCUCCAAAAGGCUUUAUCAGUCAAGCACAAUGCAAUUGAUGACACAUCUUCAUUGAAUGCUGAAAAGAACGAAAGGAGAAUCGAGCCAGUUGAGAAGGAUGCCAGAAAUAGGAUGAAUGGUACAGCACAGAAGAGCUUGCAACAGAAAACCACCACGGCAACAGUGAGUAGUCGAUCGGACAGUGAGCAACGCAUCAGAGAAGCUGUCAAAAACGUUGAAAGGCUAAAACCUCGCUCUCAAGGAGGAUCUUCAUUGUCGGCUAAGUCCUCGACUCCGCCUAAGGACUCUCGCACACAUUCGAAAACGCUGAAGAAGGAGAUUGUUGCUUUGGAACAUCCAUCUACCUCAUCUAGUCCUCCCACCUCAGUGUCAAAGCGACCGAAAAUCAAGGUGCGUCUCACUUUAUUUGCUAAUAUGGUACUAAAACAGUUUUUCUUUCCUUAUUUUCUUAUCAAAAAGUUGAAGUAUUUUGUCAUCAAAAGCUGAUG